AUGUUUGCUUUGCCAACUUACAUAAUCUCUAUAUUCAUAAAACGCUCUUCUCACAUACUCCGUUCUUUCUCCUUUCUUUUGUGGCUAGACUCUCCCCUCACUCUCACUAGAUUUUACUCCUUUCAACCAUAUUUCUUCUUCCUCGUCUUAUGCUUCAUUUCCCUUCUUUCUUUUCAUACUUUCGUUGUCCCUUCACACAAUUUCACUUUCUUUAUUUCAUUUUAUUUUCUCUCUCUCCUUCUCUCGAUCGCUCUCUCCCUCUCCCUCUAUCUCUCUCUUUCUGUUUCUAUUUAUCUUUCCUUUUUCUCCUGCUCGUGUUUCCUUCUUCAUGCUUUCUAUCUUUCCUUCUCCCCACAUCUAAUGCUUUCUUUCUUUUCUAUUAUUUUUAAAAUAUAUGCACACUCACACACGCACACUAUCUAUCUAUCUAUCUAUCUAUCUAUCUAUCUAUCUAUUAUAAUGCUUCCUUUUCUCUACCUGGCCUUUUUAGCAUAUUCUUUUCCUCUAAAUUCUUUUCGUCUAUCUAUCUAUCUGUCUCUCUCUCUACCUCCUCCCCUCUCUCUCUCUCUCUCUCUCUCUCUCUCUAUCUAUCUAUCUAUCUAUCUCACCAUCAUCAAUUUCCUAAUCUCUCUCUCUCUCUCCUUUUUACUUAUCUGUAAUUAUAGCAUAUUCUUUUCCUCUAAAUUCUUUUCGUCUAUCUAUUUAUCUAUCUAUCUGUCUGUCUGUCUCUCCCCCGCUACCCCCCCUCUCUCUCUCUCUAUCUAUCUAUCUAUCUAUCUAUCUAUCUAUCUUUUCCGUCACCUUUCAAAUAACCCCGUUUCUGUCCAUCGCUUUUUUACCUAUGUCUAUAUAUUGUCUCUUCCUUUUCUCUAA